AUGGGGAAUAAAUUGGGGAGGAAGCAAGUGGUGGACGAGAAGUACACUAAGCCUCAGGGAUUGUAUCAACACAAAGAUGUGGACCACAAGAAGCUUAGAAAACUCAUUCUUGACUCAAAGCUGGCACCUUGUUACCCUGGUGAUGAUGAAUGUGGGUGUGAUCUUGAGGAAUGUCCCAUUUGCUUCUUGUACUAUCCAAGUCUUAAUAGGUCAAGAUGUUGCACGAAAGGCAUUUGUACAGAGUGUUUUUUGCAGAUGAAAACUCCGAAUUCUACUCGGCCUACGCAAUGUCCUUUCUGUAAAUCCCCAAAUUACGCUGUGGAGUAUCGAGGUGUCAAGACAAAGGAGGAGAAAGGCUUGGAACAAAUUGAAGAACAACGAGUUAUAGAAGCCAAAAUAAGGAUGAGGCAGAAAGAACUUCAGGAUGAAGAGGAGAGAGUACUGAAUCGAAGAGAAAUUAGUUCUUCAAGCAGUAUUACAGUAUCAAGUGAGGUUGAUUAUUGCUCAACAGCAGCUCUGUCUUUUGCCUCUGCUGUAGAAGGUGAGGAAAUUGUUACCUCUCAGGCAUCAGGUGCUGCUUCAGCAGUAGGACCACUUUCUCGUCCAAGGCAAAAUAGGGAAGACGAGUUCGACCUGGAUCUUGAGGAUAUAAUGGUUAUGGAAUCCAUUUGGCUGUCUAUUCAGGAGAGUGGCAGGCAUCAAAAUCCACCGUAUAGUGAAGCAGCUGCAUCAGAAGAAUACACAGGAGAAGAUCAAAGUGUCUCAACAUUGAUGGCCCCAGUGGCUGUGUCCUCGUCAACUCCUUCUGGCGGUCUUGCUUGUGCAAUAGCAGCCCUAGCCGAGCAUCAACAUGCGGGUGGAGAGUCGAAAAGUGCCAUUGUUGCAUCACCUGAUAGUCAGUUGGUAAUGCCCAGGGAUUCUGGAGAAUGGGUCGAUCAUAGAUCGGAAUUGACUGAAGUUGGAACCAGCUAUUCAGGUUCUGCUGCAGUCCCCCAACAAUAUGAAGGUGAGUGUAGCUUCCAACCUGUUGCUGGAUCCAUUGUUCCAGAGAGUUUUGAGGAGCAGAUGAUGCUAGCCAUGGCUGUUUCAUUGGCCGAGGCUCGAGCCAGGACAAGUGCACCAGUGAAAACGAUUAUAGGAAUGAAGGUUGUACGGCAACUCAAUUUCCAACAGUUCAGGCAAAGGUUGGCCACCAAAAGUUGUAUUGUUACAGCUAAAGGACAGGGAUACAGAUUACAGGGUACUGGCAGUCUCAGGAUAAAGAAUGUUAUUAAUGAACCUGUUACGCUGCUGCUUGUUCCGAAGCUACUGGACUAG